AUGAAAGAACGACCAGGAGCUGAGAAUGCUCUAGCGACUAUCGGAGCAGUGAUGUGGAUGGUCCAGAUCGUACCUCAAAUCAUCAAAUCGCAUCGUACCAAAUCUACUACGGGUCUGUCAGCAGGAUUGAUGUUCAUAUGGGCCUUAGCCUCAAUCUUCUUAGGCUCAUACCUCGUCGCCCAGCGAUUAUCUAUCCCACUGCAAAUCCAACCUCAAGCUUUCGGAGUGCUGGCGGCCAUAUCGACAGGUCAGAUCUUAUACUACUCCCACGGAUGGUCAAAGCGAAAUACGAUUUUCUUCUUUGUAGGGUUCUGCUUGGUGUUUGCAGGGUUCGAAACUGGUAGUGUAUUUGCGAUUUGGGCCGGUCAAGAUAACGGUGUGAAUUGGCCUAUCAAGAUGUACGGUAUCAUAUCGGCCGUCCUCCUAGCGAUCGCCUUGGCACCCCAGUAUUACGAAAUAUGGAAAUUCAAAGAAGUAUUAGGUAUAUCAAUGAUGUUCAUGAUUGUCGAUACGCUCGGUGGAGUAUUCUCUUUGGCGAGUCUGUUCUGUAGAUCCGAAUUGGAUAUUUUGGGAUUGAUAUCCUACGCUCUAGUAGUUGUCUUAGACUCCAUCGUAAUCCUCCUCGCUAUCAUCUUAAAUCCUCUAGCAAGACGACGAAGGAGAAAACAAGGUAAACCUGAAAACAUUCACGAUGCCCUGGCAGCCGAUGCUAGUACAGCGGAAGAAGGGAAUGUGAAGAACCCGCCGAGUGCAGCUGGGGAUGGGAUGGGUGAAGGGUUGGGAAAGAGUGUAUCCCAAGAGCGAAGAGAGAAGGAGCAGCAGCGGCAGCAAAUUACUCAGGAAGAUUCAGGUGAGAAGAGGAUAUCAAGUUGA